AAAAGCAAGACUCCUGCGCCGCCGACUACAAGAGGGUUAAAAGUGUAGAUUGGAUUUCACCCCGGGAAAUCUAGCACACGGAGUGAACUUGAAUCUUUGGCUAUUUAAGGAGGACUGGAGUUUGUUGUGAAGUUGUGGUGAUCCAGAGCAGAGCCCCGUCCUGAUUGAUUUCAUCUUCCUUGAGUCUCAGAUGACUGUAAAAUGAAUAGAUGAAAUUAUUCCUUUUUGAGGCUUUUCUUAGGGGCUCUCCGGGCAGCGUGUUCUCAAAGCGAAGUCAUGAUGUAUUCUCCAAUCUGUCUCACUCAGGAUGAAUUUCACCCGUUCAUUGAGGCACUUCUUCCACAUGUCCGUGCAAUUGCCUAUACUUGGUUCAAUCUUCAGGCUCGAAAACGCAAGUACUUUAAAAAACACGAGAAACGAAUGUCAAAGGAUGAGGAAAGAGCAGUCAAGGAUGAGCUACUUAGUGAAAAGCCUGAAAUAAAACAGAAGUGGGCAUCCAGGCUCCUGGCCAAGCUGCGCAAAGAUAUUCGCCAAGAGUUCCGGGAGGAUUUUGUGCUCACAGUUACUGGGAAGAAGCACCCAUGCUGUGUAUUGUCCAAUCCUGACCAGAAGGGCAAGAUUAGGAGAAUCGAUUGCCUGCGACAGGCUGACAAAGUCUGGCGUCUGGAUCUAGUCAUGGUGAUCCUGUUCAAAGGCAUCCCCUUGGAAAGUACGGAUGGAGAACGUCUCAUGAAAUCCCCACACUGCACAAAUCCAGCACUUUGCGUCCAGCCACAUCACAUAACAGUAUCAGUCAAGGAGCUUGAUUUGUUUUUGGCAUACUACGUGCAGGAGCAAGAUUCUGGACAACCAGGAAGUCCAAGCCACAAUGAUCCUGCCAAGAAUCCACCAGUGUACCUUGAGGACAGUUUUGUGAAAUCCGGAGUAUUCAACGUGUCAGAACUUGUGAGGGUGUCAAGAACACCCAUAACCCAGGGAAGUGGAGUGAACUUCCCAAUUGGAGAGCUCCCGACCCAGCCAUAUUACCAUGAUAUGAAUUCGGGAGUAAAUCUACAGAGGUCCUUGUCCUCUCCACCAAGCAGCAAAAGACCCAAAACUAUCUCCAUAGAUGAAAAUAUGGAGCCAAGCCCAACAGGAGACUUCUAUCCUUCUCCAAAUUCACCAGCUGCAGGAAGCAGGACAUGGCAUGAAAGAGAUCAAGAUAUGUCUUCUCCUACAAUGAAGAAACCUGAAAAGCCUUUGUUUAGUCCUACAUCUCCCCAGGAUUCUUCAUCAAGACUGAGCACUUUUCCCCAACAUCACCAUCCAGGAAUCCCAGGAGUUGCACACAGUGUCAUCUCAACUAGAACUCCACCUCCACCUUCGCCACUGCCAUUUCCAGCACAAGCUAUUCUCCCUCCUGCCCCAUCUAGCUACUUCUCUCAUCCAACGAUCAGAUAUCCUCCCCACCUGAAUCCUCAGGAUACUCUGAAGAAUUACGUUCCUUCUUACGACCCGUCCAGCCCGCAGACUAGCCAGCCUAACAGCAGUGGUCAAGUAGUAGGGAAAGUGCCUGGCCAUUUUACUCCAGUUUUGGCACCCUCUCCCCAUCACAGUGCGGUGCGACCUGUGACCCUGACCAUGACAGAUACUAAACCCAUCACUACAUCCACUGAAGGUGAGGCAUCUUCACCUACAGCAACCACCUACACAGCCUCAGGCACAUCCCAAGCCAAUCGAUAUGUGGGACUAAGCCCAAGAGACCCAUCCUUCCUACACCAGCAACAGCUGAGAAUUUGUGACUGGACCAUGAAUCAAAACGGCAGGCAUUUAUACCCCAGUGCCAGUGAGGAUACAUUGGGAAUUGCUUGGCAAAGUCCUGGUACCUGGGCUAGCUUGGUUCCUUUCCAAGUAUCAAAUAGAACACCGAUCCUGCCGACAAAUGUCCCAAAUUAUGGUUUGAACAUAAUUGGAGAGCCUUUCCUUCAAGCAGAAACGAGCAACUGAUGGAAACAAAAUUAAAAACAAAAUAAAUUUAAAAAAAAAGGAAAAGAAAAAAGAAAAGAAGACAAUAUGAGAGAAGAACCUGAAGAAAGAAGAACAAAAAUAGACCAGCAAUUGCAGCUCUUACAAUCACUAAUUCCCUUAUGGUUGAAACUGAAAUGACAAACAAAGGGUCGAUGAUAUUUCACUGAUGGGUAGAAUGCAGCUCCUCCUAAGUAGCCUUUGUUAUAUGAAGUCCGCUGGGAAAUAGAUGUUCUGUCUCCGACAAUAUAUUUUAACUGACUUUCUAGAUGCCUUAAUAUUUGCAUGAUAAGCUAGUUCUAUUGGUUUAGUAUUCCUGUUUACGCAUGAGAUCACUAUUCCUGGUUAUCUCACAAAACAAAGGCUAGGCAGCAACAGCAGAGCUGCAGGAGGACAAGGGCCGUGAGCCAGCUGUUUUCUCAACAGUCUGAUUUCUAAAUGUUUUUAAAAUAAGCUCUGUAGCCUUUAGUUAUCAGUAUGGAUUUAUUAAACUUUGGCCCUUAAUUCAGCCUUUUUCUAGUGUGUUAUGCCGUUUGAAAUUUUCAAUCAGUAUGAACACACAGGCUCUAUGGAAGAAAUGCCUCUACGCAGGUAAAAGUGUUAUCUUCUCAUGCAACAGUAAAAAAAGAAAAGGAAAAAAGUGACAUUUUUCCCCACUAAAGAAACACUUACAGAGGCAAGUGCAAUUUAAAAAUCGUAUCUAAGAGGUCAUCACUAUAAGUCCUUCAGCCCUUGGACUCUAAAUUGAGGGGAUUAAAAAUAAAAAUAAAAAAUUACUUUGAACAAACUUAUUUUUCCCCUCAGUUUUUGAGGGCAUUAAAAGGCAUUAAGUCAAGACAAAUCAUGUCCUUGAGAAUAAGAAAUCAAUGGAAACACAGCACUUAUGUUGGUUUAGCUGCUGCCUCUGCAGAGGGGUAGGAUUUAUUUAUUUAAAGUUACUUGUUGCAUCAAGAACCCAUAGGGUUUACAUGUUUCUGUAAAAUCUACAUCAUAGAGACAAAGACAUAGGCAAAUCCAUGUCACAAGGGCAAAGCUUACCGUUUACAAACUGGUAAUACCAGGAUGGGGAUAUGUUGUAUUUAAAUAAUGCACUCUUAAUGUAAGUCUAAUUACAGGGUGCUGUAAACUUGCAUGGUGCUUUCAGAAGUUAGCCUUGUUCAACAAUUUUCACAUAUUGACAGAAAUAUAAUGUGCAUGGGCAGACAUUUUGCCUCUAUGUCUCUUUAAAAAUUUAAAAUACUCUUUCCAGUAAUCCUAAUUUGCACGAAGAUAUAAUGUCCACAUUACGUGCCUUGCCUUGAAAUCUAGAAAAUGGAAAAAA